AGAACUCUGCCCCGAAGAAUUGGAAAGAACUCUAGCUCAUAAUCUCCUUUGAUGUCCACUCAAAAAUCAAACGAACGAGUACUUUCCAUGUACUGCAAUUCAAACGCGCCAAAUUUGCUCACACGGCUUUUGCACUACUGUUUCCACACCAAAAAUCUCAAAACUACUAAAAUUCUCCAUUCUCAGUUAGUCAUCUCAGGCUUGCUAUUUACUUCCCCAAACCUUUACAACAACCUCAUCUUAACCUAUGCUCCACACCUAGAUAACAACCUCCAAACCCUAACAAAUCUUCUUAAUUCCAUUAAGUCCACGAAUCCUAUACCCUUUAAUUCAAUUAUAUCCAAUCUCUCUCAGCAUGGUUUCCCUUUUUUCUCAAUUUUAACAACUUCGUUUAUGCAAGCCAAAAAUGUUCCUUUUGAUAAUUACACUCUCUGCAGUUCUUUAACUGCUUCAUCUUCAAUCAGGACAUUAAAUAUAGGCAAGCAGUUACACACCCAUGUCGUGAAGUCGGGUUGGAUAUCAAAUGUGUACGUUGGCAGUUCUCUGGUUGAUUUCUACGUGAAAGUGUCCAUCAUCAAUGAUGCGGUAAAUGCGUUUGAUGAAAUUCCUGUUAAGAAUAUUGUGUGUGUUAACGCCCUUCUUUCAGGUUUAACUGAUGCUAAAAUGUGGGUUCAAGGUCUAGAUUUGGUUCAGAAGUUAUACGCGUUAGGACUUGAUUAUGAUCUGUUCACACUGUCGGCGAUACUACGUGUUUGUGCAGGAUUAUCUGCAAUUGAAUUGGGUAAACAAGUGCAUGCCCGUUUAAUCCGUAAAAAUGUUGAUAUCAAAUAUGAUGUGUUUUUACAGAGUUCAUUGAUUGAGAUGUAUGGGAAAUGUGGCCUUGUAGAGAAAGCUAAGAAUGUUUUUGAUUUAACGGAAACUGCUAGAGGCGGAGAAAGAAACAGAGAUGUUGUUGUUUGGACUUCAAUGUUAAGCUGUUAUGGUAGAAACGGUCAGUUCAAAGAUGUUAUCCGAGUGUAUGAACUAAUGGUAGCAAAUGAGGUAACACCAGAUGCAGUUGUCUUUGUUGCAGUCAUAUCAGCUUGUAGACACACUGGAAAUGUGAGUCUUGGGUUAAAGUAUUUUGAGUCUAUGGUUCAUGAUUUUGGACUACAGCCAGAUUAUGAACAUUAUGGUUGUUUAGUUGAUUUGCUUUGUAAAGCUGGUGAAUUGGAGAAGGCAUGGAAAUUGAUGAGUGCGAGUAACAGUAGGGCUAGUAUUUCAGUAUGGGGAGCUUUACUUAGUGCUUGUGUUGACUAUGGUAAUGUUGAAAUGGGAAAACUGGCUGCUAACAAGGCACUUGAAUUGGAUUCAAAGAACGUAGGCAUCUAUGUUUUGUUGUCAAAUUUGUAUGCUAAUGUUGGUAUGUGGAACGAGAUUGAGGAAUUGAGAGAUUUAAUGAAGGAAAAAGGUUUGAAGAAAGAUGUUGGGUGUAGCUGGGUUGAUGUCAUUAGUUAGACUUGACAUGCUAUACAGUCAAUAUAUGAAAAUUUCAAGCUGUACUCUCAAUAAGAGUUGCUUGGUAAUGUUUCAUGUGCUGGUGCUCCUGUUAUCAGUAUCAUCUGGAAGACCAGGUAUCCUGCAUGUUUGAGGUUAAUGUUCCAAGGAAGGGCAUGGUGUUUAAAACAAUUAUGUUUGUUCACAAAAGGAUGCUGAGAGAAGAAGCAGGUCUUAUGUACCACAACGUAACAGAAAUUUUGGGUCAUGAUUUGGAGCCAGUAGUCACAGGUUACAAAAGAUUGCAUAUGGAACCUAUCUUAGACCACGAAAUCAAGUUGAACCGUGAUGGCUCAUCAAGGAGCAGGAAUCAUAUACAAAGACUACACUUUGACAUCAUUGGUUGCCUUGGUGUGGGUAAUGGGCAUUGGCAUUAACUUUGCAGAUGAAGUUGGUGCCAUCAUUUUAGGUUUAGAAUACGCAGUUUUAAUGGUUGGCUCGACAUUUAAGUUAAGUCUGGCUCUCUGGUUGAAGUUACAAUUCUAAAGGAUUAAGUCAAACUCCUUGGAGUUUCAAGAGAAAUCCGAGUAAUCUAAAUGGGAACAACUUAAUUCUCACUUGACUUGCAGAGAAGUUAACUUUGAUGCUGACUGCAUAGCUAACAGAAGCAAUUCGUAGGAGAAAGGUGAAAAGAGAAGCUUUAACCCUUGACGAUCGAAUUUCCCCUCAGGAAGCUACCAUGGUCCAUGGAUAUUAUAAUUUAUUGAUCUUUCCUUUCCUAUUAUUUUACCUUUAGCUUUGAGGUCUCUUUGUUAAUCAGUCUUGCUUUUCUUUUGUAUUCUCUCAUUCUCUGCCCAGCAAAAUAGUAAGGUUAAGUUAGUCUGAACUACUGUACU